AUGGCGAGCCUCAGGCAGCAGAAGGAGGCCUUUGUGUCGGGCCAUGCCGGCACCACGAUUGGCGAGGUGUCGGCAGUGGCUGCGGCCCCAGUGGUUUUGCUCCUGCUCUGGCGCCUGAUGCAGCACCCAGCCGCCAGCGGCGCAGGGCUGUUCCACCGGGCAGGGCCCACGGCGGCGGGGCUUGCGCUGGAGUUUGCGGCGCUCGUCUUGCCGCAGGUGGCACACCUUCUGGGCCUGGCCUCGCCUGCGGCGUUGCUGGGCGGCGCCGCCGCCAUAGCAGCUGCCCUGUUCGCUACGCAGGACAGCACGGACGACGCGCUGUCAGCCUACCGCGCCUCCCUCAUGCUCGGCACCUGCAUUGCCAUCCUGGGUGUUGACUUCCACGCCUUCCCCCGCCGCUUCGCCAAGGCAGAGACCUUUGGGACGGGGCUGAUGGAUGCGGGGGUGGGCUCCUUUGUGGCCGUCAGCGGACUGGCGCAUGGGCUUUCUGCGGCGGCGCGGGCGGCGGCGGCACCCCAGCAGCAACAGCAGCAGCAGUGUUUCCCCUGGGGCGUGCAGGGCGGACGGGCGAUAGCACUGCUGGCUCUGGGCCUGGGCCGGGUGCUGGCCACUGGCGCCGCCGACUACCAAAACCACGCCAGCGAGUAUGGCAUCCACUGGAACUUCUUCUUGACGCUGGCAGCGCUGCGCCUGCUGGGCCUGCUGCUGCCCUGGGCCGCCGGCAGCGGCGCCACCGCGGCUGCGGCGGGCGGCGCGGUGCUGGCCGCUCACCAGUGGGGCCUGUCGGCGGGGAGGCUGAUCGAGGUGGUGCACUCGCAGGGACGUGGCGGCGGCCUGCUCAGCGCCAACAAGGAGGGCUUGCUGUCACUGCCUGGCUACUGGGCGCUGCAACUGCUGGGCACGGCGGCCGGGCAUGCCGCCUACCGCGUGGCGGCAGCUGCGGCGGCAGCUGCGGAAGCACAGCAGCCGGGCAGGCGCGGCGCCCCGCCUGGCAAUGGAGCCAGCAGAAGCGGCAUUAACAACGGGCUCAGCGUUCGAGUGAAGGUGGCGCAGCCUCAGCAGCGCGGCCCCACGCUGCGCCUGCUGGCGCAGCUGGCGGCGGCCACGGGCACGCUGUGGCUGGCCUACUGGGCCGCGGCAGAGGCGGUGCAGCCGGUGUCUCGCCGCGCCUGCAACGCAGCCUAUGUGCUGUGGAUGCUGGCCCUGAAUGUGCAGUGCGUGGCUCUGUUUGUGGCCGCCGAGCUGGGCCUGCCUGGAACCAUGCCGCACCUGAUGCUGGCGGUGAGCGCCGCCAUGCUGCCAUUCUUCCUGGCCGCCAACCUGCUGACGGGGGCGCUCAACCUGGCUGUCAACGCGCUGGCGGCCACAGAUGCCGCCGCGCUGCUGCUGGUGUCGGGCUACAUGGCGCUGCUGUGCGGCGGCGUCGUGACGGCCAGCAAGUGGCGGCAGCGGAGCUCGUGA